AACUCGUUAAGUGAUGUUGUUAUACUGGACUGCAUUAUAUUAACGCUAUAUUAUUACACAGGUGCCAGUAGAGGUGAGGUUGGCACAGGUUACCAUGGUGUUGCUGUCCACCAUUGUCUGUUGUGUUGUUGUCGUUGUCACCGCUGCAUUGCCUUGUGGGAUAUUUAUGCCGGCGUGGUGUCCAGUGCUUGCAUACUUUAAUAUGCAGCCACAAUUUUCUGCCACCAGCAACUGUUUUUUAUUUGAACGUUCUGUUACUACUAGCAACCAUCACGGCACAUUCUAAAGACAUGACAUUGUAUCAUCCACCAUUUUGUCAGAGACCUCGGGACAGAUUCCAGCUGUAUCUUCGUGACCAAACACCCAAUAGGAGCACCAGGAGGGAACCCACUUCCAGUCGACAGCACUGACUCUGAUACCUGGUCUUCAGAUAAGAGCCAAUAUCAGCUAAUGGCUCCUGUCCAUGAUGUUGUGGCAUGGGGAGAGUCACUCGACCAUCUUCUGGAGUGUAAAACCGGCCAGCUGGUGUUCGAGGACUUCUUGAGGACGGAGUACAGCGAGGAGAACCUCCUAUUUUGGCUGGCCUGCGAGGACUACAAGAAAGCAGCCAGCGAGACGGAAAGGGCCGAGGCUGCCAAAAGGAUCUACGUGGAGUUUGUCGAAGUCGACGCGCCCAGACAGAUAAACAUUGACUGUGUGACGAGAGGAGAAAUCAGUGAAAAUAUCUCUCAGCCGGGGCCAAAUUGCUUCGACAGGGCGCAGAGUCUGAUAUACGGUCUGAUGGAAAACGACUGUUACCCUCGAUUUCUGAAAUCAGAAAUCUACCAAGCUCUCCUGGAACAGCAAUGAAAGCAACACGAGAAGAAGAAAAGAAAAGAAAAGAAAAAAAAAAACAGUUGCCGACGCCUUUCCGGAUGAUUGAUUCUGCACUCUUCUUAGAUUCUCAGUUCAAGACAACGACAAAAAAUAAAAGAAAAAAAAAACCUUGUC